CCAUCUUCCAGAAUCAAAAAGUGUGACUGCUGAUUAUUUUGUGAAUAUUCUAAUAAAAUUGAAUUAAAAAAUGUCUACUCUUGCUGCACCAUUACAUGUCGCUGGCACCAGAUCAUCUGGCCAAUCAGUCAGAACACAAAAUGUCAUGGCUGCUGCUGCUAUUGCCAAUAUAGUGAAGAGUUCCCUAGGCCCUGUGGGACUGGAUAAAAUGCUGGUAGAUGACAUUGGUGAUGUUACUGUGACCAAUGAUGGUGCUACUAUCCUAAAAAUGUUGGAAGUAGAGCACCCUGCUGCCAAAGUUCUGGUUGAACUGGCACAGCUUCAGGAUGAGGAGGUGGGAGAUGGCACAACAUCUGUAGUUAUCAUCGCUGCUGAGUUACUGAAGAGUGCAGAUGAACUGGUUAAAAAUAAGAUUCACCCUACUAGCAUCAUCUCAGGAUACAGACUAGCAUGCAAGGAAGCCGUCAAAUAUGUACAAGACAACCUCACUGUCUCGGUGGAGUCAUUAGGCAGGCCGUCUAUCAUCAAUGCUGCUAAGACCACAAUGUCUUCAAAGCUUAUUGGAGCUGAUUCUGACUUUUUCUCCGAGAUGAUAGUGGAUGCAGCGCAGGCUGUGAAGACAAUGGAUCCCCGAGGCAACACAAUCUACCCAAUUAAGGCAGUAAAUAUAUUAAAGGCUCAUGGCCGAAGCGCCCGGGAAAGUGUGCUAAUAAAAGGCUAUGCUCUAAACUGCACCGUUGCCUCACAAGCCAUGCCUAAGAAGAUACUAAAUGCAAAGAUCGCCUGUUUAGAUUUCUCACUGCAGAAGACAAAAAUGAAAAUGGGUGUUCAGGUGCUGGUAUCUGACCCCGAGAAACUUGAAGCCAUCCGUGCUAGAGAGCUGGACAUCACAAAGGAGCGUCUCCAGAAGAUCCUCGCUACCGGAGUGAACGUAAUAUUGUGUUCGGGCGGUAUCGACGACCUGUGCCUCAAGUAUUUCGUUGAGGCAGGCGCUAUGGGCGUACGUCGGUGUAAGAAGGCUGAUCUCAAGAGAAUCGCUAAAGCAACGGGGGCCACUUUCCUUACAUCUCUCACUAAUAUGGAUGGUGAGGAAGUUUUUGAACCUAACAUGAUUGGAGAAGCCGCUGAAGUUGUGCAAGAACAAAUUUGCGAUGACCAACUCAUCUUAAUCAAAGGGCCUUCAGCGCGCACGGCCGCGUCCAUAAUCCUGCGCGGCCCCACGGACGCGUACUGCGACGAGAUGGAGCGUUCCGCGCAUGACGCGCUGUGCGCCGUGCGCCGCGUGCUGGAGUCCGGCCGCCUCGCGCCCGGCGGCGGCGCCGUCGAGGCCGCGCUCUCUAUAUACCUGGAGAACUUCGCUACCACGCUGAGUUCCCGCGAGCAGUUGGCGAUCGCAGCGUUUGCGCAGUCGCUGUUGGUUAUUCCCAAAACAUUGGCCGUGAACGCGGCGCGCGACGCCACAGACCUGGUGGCCAAGUUACGAGCCUACCACAACUCUUCGCAGACCAAGGUUGAGCACGCAAACCUGAAAUGGGUAGGUUUGGACUUAACAGAGGGCACACUACGCGACAACCUCGCGGCCGGAGUACUAGAGCCGGCCAUAUCCAAGAUCAAAUCUCUCAAAUUCGCCACCGAAGCCGCCAUCACCAUCCUCCGUAUCGACGACAUGAUCAAACUGGACCCCGAACAACGCGGCAAGAGUUACGAGGACGCCUGCAACGCCGGGGAAUUAGAUUAAUAUUAAAAAAAACGUAUUUUAUACAGACAAUUAGAUAGCUGUUUUGCAAGUAGGAAGUAACUACACACUUAAGGCUUACGCAGACCGGAGGGCCAUUCGCCUAACGUAAAUGCUUUGGAAAACGCUAACGCUUACGAUUUCAUUUUGUUAUUUCUAGCCGCCUGAGGUUUUCAAAUGUCUCGCGCUCUUUUUUUUCUUUUGCGUUGGUAAUAACAAUAUUAAAAAAAAAUGAGUGUGAGGUAUUUGAAAAACUUCGGCGGUUAGAAAUAACAAAAUAAAAUCGAAAGCGUUAGCGUUUUCCAAAGCAUUUCCAUUAGGCGAAUUGCCCCCGGGACGGCAUGGCAAGGGAUUUUGCCGUGAGUCAGCGCACACUGGCCGCUUAGAUACCGCGGCAUUCCAGCACUAUGCCACGGCAUGCCGCGGCACGACAAAGCACGCUUCAGCGAUUUGGUGUUGAUAUCGAUUAUUGCAGAUGAAGAAGUAGGUGCAUAUGCUGAUAAUAGGGAUAGAAGAAUAUUUUGGGUUGGUAAUCUAUGGAAAGAAAGGGAAUCAAAGGGUGAAUUCCCCGCUUCUCUACCCCCGCAGUAUAUCACUACGAGCGCCGGAGUCCGUGGCAUGCCGUUGCCUACCGCAGUAUGCCAUGGCAUCUCGCCACGGGAGCCUGUGGCACGUCUUUUAAUGCCGUGCGAUGAAAUCCCUUUCAAUGCCACGGCAUCAUUUUAAAGCAUAGCAAUUUAUGUCGUAUUUCUGUAACAGUACGGUUGAAUGUCCAUUAGUAAAAAUUUAAAUCCCUUGCCAUGCCGUCCCGGUCUGCGUAGGCCUUUAUGGACAGCUUGUAUUGAGAGUUCUUAAGAUAGCUAUAAAAAAAAACUUUAUUAACAACACAAUAAGAUACUUUUUUUAUUGCGUGGCGUUUCUGCAGGACAUUUUAGAAUUCUCUCAAGGAAAUGUGUAUCUUUUUGUCUUGUAAAUAUGGUUCAGUUUUGUAUAGCUGUCUUAAAAGUGUUAUGAACUGACCUUGAAGGAUUCAUCUGUAAUGAAUGUAGUUUUUCUCUAAACGGCAAAUUUUAUCAUAGAAGACUUUCGUUUUAUUUAACUCGCUGUUUCUUUGAUUUGAGGAUCUCUUGCUAGAUUAACUGAUGGACCGACAAUAGAUUAUUUUUCUCUGUCAGUUAGACGUCGUUAACUUGCAUCUAACAUUUUAUAUUUGACCAGUAAAGGUAUACGGGGAUAUAUCCCAUUGAGUAAUAUGUGUUUUACUUUAAUUUUGGAGGUUUUCGAACAUCACACUACAUAUAAAUUCUAGAUUUACAUUCAAAAAACAACAAUAAAUAAAUAAUUUAAAGCGAGUUUACAAGAAUAUUAAAUGGUGUAACAUUUUUAAGAUAUGUGGUUUUGUAAUGGCAGUGUUGGAUCGGACUUAUUAUGAAGAUAUGACUGAGGAAUGCCUGAUGUGCCUGAAUGUUGUUGCAUAUCCCUGGUCCAUCCAUUAUUUUAACUAUUUAGUUUAUCGAAAACUGAACCUUAUACUAUUCGUAAUAAAGGUUAUGUUGCAUCAAGUAUUAUGAAUUAUUGCUUACGUAACUUUGAUGUUAUAGUUUUUAAAACAUUGUCACAAUUCCGGGGUGUGAUUGCCAGUAUGCAUAAUGUAACUUUAUUAAAUAACGCCUGCUUCUAACAUCCAGUGCUAGUUUGUAAAUCGCUAGGUUUUUCACUUACGUCAAUAAUUACCUAUUUUAAAAAAUAAAUAUAAUUAUAUUACUACUUUGUGUUUCAUUGUUAUUAAUAUUGUUCAAAAUCUCCCUUUAACAUAUUGGUACCAAAAUUAGUUGUGAACUGAUUAAGCGCUU